AUGGCAGAUCUUGAGGAUGCGAUCAACAUAGCGCGAGAGGCCGUUACAGCUACCCCGUCUGAUCAUCCAGCCCGAGCUGAACGAUUGAACAAUCUCGCAUUGUCACUCUACACCAGAUAUACCCGGACCGAGAGGAUGCAAGAUGCUGAGGAGGCGAAAGCCAAUAAAAAGUCUCAAGCCUGGGCGGUUGCAGAUUUUGACAAGGUGAUUGAAAUGGUACAGCAAGCCCUCGAAGCUACACCACUAGAUCAUCCUAACCGAGCUACACACUUGCACAAUCUCUCGGUUUUUCUUUUCAACAAGUACAAACGGAGUGACGAAAUGGCAGAUCUUGAGAGGUCAAUCGAACUAGGGCGGCAAGCCGACGAAGCCUAUCCGGUAGAUCAUCCAAACCGAGCUGCGCAGUUGAUCAUUCUUGGGAUAUCUCUACAACACAGAUUCGGACGGAAGACGACACUCACAGACCUUAAGGACGCUCAGAGAUUGCUCCUUCUUGGCCUUGAACACACUACUGCUGCCAUGGGCAUUCGUAUCUCAGCAGGCCGCCGUUUAAUAUCAUUGCCUGCGUAUUUCAAGGGACUCAAUACUCCACAGGAGGCCUAUUCUAUUAGCAGGAAAACUAUCGAGUUAAUUCCUUUCUUGUCAUCGCGUUCCCUCAAAAACAGCGACAAACGACAUCUUCUUUCUGUUGCCGUUGGGCUAUCUUCCGAUGCGGCUGCUAUUGCCCUCUAUGCCGAGAAAGAUUCAGUUACUGCUAUACAAUGCCUUGAAAUAGGCCGUGGAAUAAUAGCAGAUGCCCUUUUUGAACAGUCUGACAUUUCGGCUUUACGAAUGAAGCAUCCCCAGCUAGCGAAUAGUUUGAUGGAAUUGCUGGAAAAGCUAGAUUCACCCUCCUCUCGAGGAUUUUCUGAUAUGCUUGAUGAUACUGCCCCAGUUGAGCCCGAAGGCAGCAAAAGUCAAGAAGCUAUACCGAGGCUUCACAGAACCUUGCAGACAAUUCGUUCGCUGCAUGAGUUUGAUCGAUUUCUUCUCCCAGCAUCAAAGGAUGACAUAUUGGAGGCUGCAAGAUCUGGUCCUAUAGUGAUCAUCAAUGUUAGCGAUUAUCGCUGUGAUGCUCUGAUCAUUCAGCACACUGGCGUUCGGCUACUAUGGCUCCCCUUUCUUACUAAGGAAGAUCUUCAUUCAAAGGUUACAAACAUGCGGUCUCUUGAAACCCUUGGGUGGCUUUGGGAUGUUAUUAUAUGCCCCAUAAUGGAUGUACUUGGCUUCAAAGAGACCCCAAAAGAUGAAAAGUGGCCACAUGUUUGGUGGAUCCCAACGGGUAUCCUGACUCGCUUUCCGCUCCAUGCAGCAGGGCACCACCUGAGAGCAUGCGGCGAAACAGCACUUGAUCGAGUUAUCUCAUCGUAUAGCUCAUCGGUCAAGGCAAUUAUACACGGUCGUCAGCAGGUAUCUGAGAUGUCAGCUCCGAGAGCUCCUGCGAAUGCCGUUAUCGUUACUAUGCAACGUACACCAAAACAGGAGCCCCUUCCAUUCGCAUCUGUUGAAACUGAUACCGUGCUGGCUAUCUGCAAGGUGAUGGGUCUGUCUCAGUUGCAACCUCGGCCGUAUAAGCCCAAUGUUUUAUCGGCCUUGGCGGAUUGUCGGGUUUUCCAUUUUGCUGGCCAUGGUAGCACACAUCCGUCAGAGCCACUUCAUAGCCAGUUGCUCCUUGAGGAUUGGGAGAGCCAGCCACUUACUGUGGAAAGUCUUCUCGAAGUCAGUCUUAGCUCAAACCCACCAUUUCUCGCCUAUCUCUCUGCAUGCGGGACCGGGCAGCUGCUUGAUGAAAGCUCUAUGGAUGAAAGCAUUCAUAUUGCUAGUGCUUAUCAACUGGCCGGCUUUCGUCACGUGAUAGGCACGCUUUGGAGCGUCGAUGAUGAAUUUUCCGUGGAUAUGGCUCGAAUGACAUAUGAGUUCUUCCGUGAUGCGGGGAUGAGUGAUGAGACGGUUAGCCGUGGGCUUCACCAUGCCUGCCGGAUUCUUCGAGACCGGUGGGUUCAGGCCGAUGUAAGUACUGCGACAGAGGGACUGCGAGAUUUGAGGUUAGAAAGAGACGCCGAACUAGAAGACCUGUGGGUGGAGCGAAGGCAGCCGCAUUGGAUUCCUUAUGUUCACUACGUCAUGGCCUCCACGGUCACAAAUUAUUAUGCUUUGCUUGUUGGAAUCGACAUGUAUCUUAAUGACGGCUCGAGGAAAAAUGCAACCGGAGAUCCGCUUUACCUCAAAAACCUUCAGGGAUGCGUGAACGAUGUGCGAGCGAUGAGAGAGUUCCUUCGAGGGGAAUUCCAAGUGAACGAGCCCCACGUACUCACGUCUUCCGUCCCUACAGAUGCACACUCCAAGGAGCCGGCGGAGCCACCAGAGUUAUGGCCGACAUUUGAAAACAUUAAAGAUGCAUUUGAUACCAUCACGGAAAAGGCUAUUGCGGGUGACUUUUUCUUCUUUCACUUUUCGGGGCAUGGGGCACAGUUGCAACCGACUGAACGUUCGCCGAAAGAGCGGUCGGUCGACUCAUCUUUGAUUACAAUGGAUUAUUGUAACUCAAAUGCAGCUAUUAGGGGAUGGCAGUUGAAUGAAUGGCUAAAAAGGCUCAAUGAAAAGGAUGUUUGCAUCGUCGUCAUCCUUGACAGCUGCUAUUCUGGGGGUGGAUGGCGUACUGGCGCCAAUAUUCGAACACCGCAGGGCUGGACGGACGUUCCCAACAACACCAUCGACGAAGCCACUAUCACGGAGACAAGUAGUAAAACCGGUUCUCGUGAUAGUGAGUUGGAAAGUUCAUGGGGGAUUAAUCCAAAAGGAUUUACCCUAAUGGCAGCAUGUACAAGUGACCAGCAAGCAGAGGAGAGGCAAUACGGAGACGAACACCGUGGAGCAUUCACAUAUUCUCUAUUGGCUUCUCUUCAACAGCAAUUACCUCACUCAAAAAAAAUCAGCUACCGGAAUCUCCGCGAUCAAGUACAAGGCAUGCUCCACAUUCAGACACCUAGAGUGUACGGAAGAGACAGGCUUUUGUUCUUUGGAAACACCGAACCAUUCUCAUCUACGCCGAUUAUUGCACAAAUACAUGCCGACACCAUUUUUGUUCCGAUGGGAAAGUUUCAUGGCGUCCAUGAAAGAUCCGAGUUCAUGAAUUACCCGUCUUUAGAUUUGACGUUCAUGGUGAACAAAGUCGAUGACUUUCAGUGUAGUGCUCGGAUUCUGUCACCUCACUCCGAAAUCCCAAACCAGAAUAGCUGUGAAGUUGUUCCUUCUAGAUGGAGCUUGGGAUCGGAAUCACUUCGUGUGCUUGUCGAUCGCGAUCUAGGAAACGAAUUUCGGCGCACUCUUCAUACGGCGGUCGAACAGAGGAUUGUUGGUGAUAUCCAAAUUUUGGAUACCAACGACUUUGACGAUCAUAAUGCCGUCAAGUUGACGCUUAAAAAGCGCGACGACAGUAGCAUUGACAUUUAUGGGCCGUCUUAUUUGAUAGGCUAUGAAGGUCCUGCAUUUGACUCGGUUCUCGCAAAUUCUAGCUCUUAA